AUGCACGAUGUCGAUAAAGACGGCCACCCAGUCUGCUACAACGCAUACGACGAGUAUCAAAACAAGGAAUUAUACCAAGCAACCUUCUCCGACGAAGAGAAGCACACGGAUUUCCUUCGAUGUAGAAUCCAGUUCCUGGAAAAGAGCAUCAGAAAGCUCGAUUUCAGCCCCGAUGGGAUCUCCACCAUCGUUCAAAUCAUCGAUCUCAAAUUUUCCCCCUCCCCCUUCAAGAAAGAACUCCGUCAAGUUCUUCAGUUGCUCCAGGACAAUUACCCAGAAUUCGUCGCCAAACAGUCUGCGGGGAGGACGUUCAAAGAUGGGGCUUUUAGGGCUCCAAACGGUGGGGAGAGUUCAUCGGCCAGGAAGGCUCCUGCUGUGGAGAAUUUGUUGCCUUGUAGCUUGGAGGAUCUUUAUAAAGGCGCUAAGAAGAAGAUGAAGAUCUCUAGGACUGUAGCCAAUUCUGCAGGUUUGGCAUUGGCAGCUUUUAGGGCUAUUAUGUGUUGGAAUCAAAGAGAGCACUUUCGUGCAAUCACUCGUCACGACUGCAAACAUUUGUGCUAUGAUAUUUAUUAUUCUAGCGGGUGGAUAUCUAGGGUUCAAAAGUGGAUGGAUUGGGUAUAG